UACGAUUUAAAAAAGUCCGACUUUGGGCGGUCGCCCUACUUUGGGUGGAAUAGACAAACAAAAUGGCGUUUUCGGCGAGGUUCUUUUCAACUGCUUUUCGAGCUCUAAAGAACCCAGUUAUAUGUGCAAAUGUAGCAAGACGGGCAAGAAAGGAUGCAUUUAAUGUACGAAAGACAUUGGGUGUUGCAUUGUUGCAAAAGGUGCAAACGGUCAGACUUUCCAGCACUGCUGUUAGUACUCAAGAAAACCCUAAAAGGACUAAAUUAAUGGAAUUUGGACAGUUUGUUUCGAAUUCAAUGCCUAAGUAUGUGCAAGCAGCUCAAGUAACUGAUGGUAAUGAGUUAGAGAUUCUGAUUUGUCCAGAAGGUAUUUUACCUGUCAUAACGUUUCUACGUGAUCACACAAAUGCUCAAUUCAAACAGUUAAUAGACAUGACUGUGGUGGAUUGGCCCUCAAAGCCGUAUAGAUUUGAGGUCGUUUACAUGUUGCUGUCUAUGCGUUACAAUACGAGGGUGGUGGUGAAGACAUACGCUGAUGAACUCACGCCAUUAGACUCAAUUACACCACUGUUUAAUGCUGCAAUUUGGGCAGAAAGAGAGGUAUGGGAUAUGUAUGGAGUGUUUUUUUCAAAUCAUCCAGAUUUGAGACGAAUAUUAACUGAUUAUGGUUUCGAAGGACAUCCAUUUAGAAAAGAUUUUCCAUUGGCUGGAUACUAUGAGGUACGUUACGACGAUGAGUUGAAGAGAUUGGUUCAAGAACCAGUUGAGUUUGCUCAAGAAUUUCGUAAAUUUGAUUUCCAGAGUCCAUGGGAGCAAUUUCCAAAGCAUCGCAAGGAACAUUCGAGUAUCGAAGCUGGAGAAGAAAAGAAAGAGGAAUCGAAAUAGAUUUAGUUUUUUGUGUGUAAACUCUUUGAUGUAAAUAAAUAAAAUACGAAAAAAAAUUAGUUCAAGUUUGCGACA